UACACCAGGAAUGCUUUAUACAGUAUUUCCUGGUUUGCUUGUGUUAUGAUGAUGCUGCGCUGACAGAACUUGAUUCGUUUGACCCUUCAUCACCAGCAUCCGGAGAUCCCAUUGCGUAAGAUAUCCGUCACUGUCACCCGUUCCUUCACCCAUCAUAUAUCACCUUAAGUAGCCUGCCUGCUUCCACUUCGACACACUGGUUCUUCUCCUCUUCACCAGAAUUCAAAUCCCGUCCUGUAGAUCUCGCUUACUUCCAAGCUUUUCACACUCAGUCUAUCACAUCAUUCAAGAUGAUGAUCACACGUAUAAUCUCCCCGAUCCUUCGCUUCGGCGAAUUUGUCUGUGCAACGAUCGUCCUGGGACUCAUCGGCUACUUCCUCCAUGAAAGGAACGAAACCGGGUUUGGUCCAAAGGGCCGUGAGAUCUACACGAUAGUCAUUGCUGCCCUCUCCACACUCCUCUCAAUCCUCUGGAUGGUCCCACUCACCACUCGCCUGUUGCUCUACCCGAUAGACUUCAUUCUUUCUUUCGCCUGGUUCUCCUCGUUCGGUGCCUUGAACAACUACACCAGCGACCUUGGCUGCGGAGGGUGGAUGGACUGGACUGGGAUCACUCGGGGUGACCAGUGCGGAAAGUGGAAGGCAACCCAGGCCUUCAGCUUCAUUGGGGCAUGCUUCUGGCUUGCGAGUGCGAUCUUGGGCAUCUUUAUGUUCCACAAGCGCCGCUCUGGUACUGAUGCCACAAACGGCACUACCAAGACUGGCGGUCGCCGCGGCCUCUUCGGUCGUAGGUCUCAGGUCUAAGUCGUACAGGCGAUCUGAAUAAGCCUGGAACUAGCCAAGGCAGCAAGGCUAUCAGGAUCAGAGCGCGUCGGAUAGUUCGGUGACCUGGGCGGUGGCCAUCCUUCUUCACUAAUGUACAAAACCAUGAGGCGGAGGCAGAGGGGCGUAAUACUUGCAAUACCUCGAAGCAGAUUCCUUUUUCAUCCUGCUGGUCUACUACGAGCGAGAAAUACCCGACGAUCGUUUAUGGGGUGAGGGAUAGGAGGCG